AUGGUUUUGAACUUAGAACUCACCGCAGCCUCGUCCGGUGAGUCGUCGAUCACGAGAUGCGGAGGAGACACCAUCGGAGUGAUUCUGCGGGUGCUCUACUGGCUAAAUGUGUCGACACGCUAUCUCAACUGGGAAGUGAUCAAUGACUCAGUUUCAUGCAAGAUCGGAUGCAAUCUACAAGAGAUGCUUGGGUUUGGUUUGAAUGUGGCUAUCGUCCGAAAUCUUUGUUCAUUGUUUCUACCUUUGAAUAAGAUGAAGCUCACCUGCAUUCUGAUAUCCUGCCUAAUGUUUGAAGUCUCACUGGCAGUGCUUAGAUGUGGAAACGAUGACAUCCAGCAAGGCAUCGCAAAAGGAUUUCUGGUAAACGAUUGCAAAGGACGAAUGGGUAAGAUUGAUGCUUGCUGUGUGGCUCAUAAAAAUUGCUACGAAAGCAGGGCACCACAGAAUGUUUGUGACGACACAUUUUGCAAAUGUGUAGAAGACUCGGCCAGCAAAAUGCCUACUUGCACGUUCCAUGCCGGCAACUUUUGCACAUUUGCUCGACUUUUUGGAGCUCUCCAGUAUAAUAAACCGCGUCCACCUACAAUUUGA